AUGAAAUUUUCUCUUGUCUUCAGCGCGCUCGCAUCCAUCGUGAUUCUUGCUACAGCGUACCCUACGCAAGGAGCCAUUGCGAAACGUUCCUAUGUAGAGAAACGUACCGACCUUCUAUCAAGUGUGGAGAAGCGUGAGGAACUUGAUGUUGGUUCCAGUGAUAUGAACUACAACUACCAUUAUUCGAAGAGGGAUGAGGGGAAGCGCGAGGAACUUUAUGCUGGGGAAAUUGAUUACGAUUACCGCUCGUACUGA